UGUUGUGACUGAGAGCGAUAGAUACGUCCUUCCUGCGAACACACACACACACACACGGUUUUAACUUGAACACAUGUUGUUCGGGCACGCAGUCUUUCGCAUAUCUCUUCCACGCUGUAGCCGCCGCGGACUCAAAACCUCCAGGACCGCCCGCGUUUCUGAGCUAACCGGAGUAAAUAAAGCCGAGAGGAGGCGGGCGAACACUAUUAAGGUAGCCGGCUGCUGCUAGUGAGCUUAGUGCCGUUCUGCUCUUUGGAGCCCGUGGAGAAACAUGUCAGCCGCGCACAGCGAGUCCAGGAAACGGAGCAAGAAGCGCUAUGCGGCGGGUCACCACAACAAGAGGUGGAAGGGGUCCCGGGAGCUGGAGGUGGGCAUGCAGGGGAUCCUCAUCACGUGCAACAUGAACGAGAGGAAGUGCACCGCCGAGGCCUUCAACCUGCUCAGUGAAUACGCCGAGCAGCUGUAUGGGCCCGAGAAGCUGCAGGAAAAUGCCGCGAGCAGCAGUGAAGAGGAGGAGGCGGAAGAAGAAGACAUGGAUGUUGCGCUGAAGAAGGAAGUGGCGCAGCUGCGAGCGUCCGGGUCGAAACAGGAGAGGCGCUUCCAAGCUCUGGACAGCGGAGCGAACAACGUCAUCUUCAUCCGAACUCAGAACCUGGAAUCGGACAAACUGGUUCAUCACAUCCUGUCUGAUCUCCACACCACCAAGAAGAAGAAGUCACGCGUGAUCCUUCGAAUGCUGCCAAUCACUGGAACAUGCAAGGCCUUCCAGGAAGACAUGGUGAAAUACCUAACCACAUUUCUGGAGCCUUGGUUCAAAACUCCAAACUGCGCUACCUACCAGAUCGCCUUCAAGGCCCGCAACAGCAGCCACAACAAGAGAGACGAAAUCAUCAAAUCUAUCGCAGGUCUCGUGGGGAAGCUGAACCCCAAAAACAAAGUGGAUUUGACGAACCCCGAGCUGACGAUCAUUGUGGAGGUGAUUAAGGCCGUGUGUUGCCUCAGCGUGGUGAAAGACUAUACGCUGUACAGAAAGUACAAUGUUCAGGAAGUAGUGAAAGACGACGUACCCAAGCCCGACGCGGCCGCAGCAAAAACAGAUACAGACGCGGCCGAGCAGAAGGAGAAACAAGGGGAAGGGGAGACGGACAAAGAAGAGAAGAAGGGCGGAGAGGAAGAGGACACAAAUGCACCAGAGGACGAGAAGGAGGUUGAUGAAGGUGAAGGUGGGGGGGAAUGAGAAAAAGACGGGCUGUCCGUUGGUGAGACGUCAUUUUUUUUAGUUGCUUUGUGUUGUAGUGUUUUUGUUUUAAAUGGACUGUAAAAUGAUUUUGUCCAAAUACUAAGGUUGGCGAGACAGGAGGCUAACGUAAUUUAAUUAUUUUUAUUUUUUUAAAUAGUCAAAAACAACAGACAUAUCUGCCAAACACUGAUACCAGCUUCACACUCAAUGGAUUUGAGCUACCUGUAGAUAAUAACAGCUUUUUGCCAACAGUUGGAAUUUUUUUAAUUUUCAGUGUCAUUUUUACUUUUGACAUUUUUACUCAAACAAGAAAAGAAAUAAAAUAAAAAAAGGGAGUUUUGCUCAGGUUUCCAGGCGUGUCACAUUUAGUAACUGUCUGCGUUUUGUAACAGUUGUCUUCUGAACUAGUCCCUGUUAUUAAAUCUACCUGUGUGUUUGA